AGUGCAUUUAGUCUUACAGAAACAAAGCAGGACUCAAGCAACACACUGACCCGCAAUAGGACAAUCUGCAUUUUGAUCUGCAGAUUAUCAUAUGAUCAAGCUUUGAUUAUUCCAGUGAUUUGUAGAUAUGGGAAGACAAAGGACAUCAGGAUCCAAACUUCACAGGCACUGUGAGAGCUGCCACAACAGACGCUGCAAAGUUCCCAUAGAGACGUCUGUAUCAUGCCCAAUUAUCAACUGCCGCUUGCUGUGUGGUGCCUCCUUUCAUAUGUGCAAAGAGGAUGAACACAUACUGCUCUGCCCUAAUGAGAAGGUACCCUGCAUCAAUGUACACUAUGGCUGCCCUUUUACCAUGUGUCGCUCCAAGCUUGGCAAACACCUGGAAGUGUGUCCUGCUAGUGUGGUGGUCUGCUCAAUGGAGUGGAACCGCUGGCCCAUUGAAGAGACAGAACCUCCUGAAUUCUACAAGAAUAUUUUGAAGGAAAACUACACCCAGGAGCCCCUGGACCUUUCCAUGGCACUGCGGGACCAGAGACUUCUGUUUCAGUCCCUCAAAAUGAAGGAUCUUUUUCCUGAGCUUAUUGAAAAGAUUGAGGAGAAAUCUAUAGUUCAAGAACUUGAGGGAGCUGUUGGAGGGGUACCUUAUGAUGCACAAGAAGCCUCAAUACCUAUAUGUGCUGUCUCAGACCUUGAACCUCCAGAGAGAGAGUUAACUCAGGAAGAGAGAGAGGCAAUAGCAAGGGACACUAAUGUAGCAGGCAUUGAUAGGUUUGAAAUCUGGGAGAAGAUGUUUAGUAUGGAGCUGAGUGGUUGCAAGCAAACUGUAAAGACACUAGAAACCAAUGGUGCUUCCAGUAGCAAAGCACCAAAGCCCCAAGAAAACUCGCACAAACUGGAGAUACUAAAAGAGGAAACUGAAACACCAAUUAGGAAUUCAGACGUACUUAAAUAUAUGCCACAUUUAAAUCCAUAUGAAAUGGAUGAAGAAAAGUUUCUGAUAGCAGCAUCCUUAUAUGCAUGCGACACACGUCCAAAUAAGACAUUUGUGUAUAGUAAUUUGGAACCCAUGAAGAUCAAAAUUGUGCGAACGUUCAAAGUUCCCACUAGCUUCAUGGCAAGGUCAAGUCGUAUACGCAAUCCUUCUCAUUACAAAAAAGAGAGCAAAGCUGUUGACACGGCAGACCUGAACAUAGAAUUGGUGGACAUGCCAAAAUGGGAUGAGGUUCAAGCAAGCCUUCUGUGCUCUCUAGAGAAAGAACUCAGAGGACACCUUAUUGCAGAGUCCAGUUGUGCAGAUGCACUUAUUAAGGAUGAAGGAACUCAAACUUAUGAUUUUUAUUCUGCUCCUUUCAAAGCUGACACAUCUUUGGCAGACCUCACAGCAAAUAGAGCUUUGCAACUUGAUGUACAGAUACAAACUGAGAGUGUCACCAACAGACAUAACAAGUGCAGCUCUGCAUUUACAUACAUAUGCUGCAAUUCAUACAGACGCGAUGAAUUUUCUUCUCACUAUAAGAAUGUACACUCUGAUAUCCAGUUCUGUUUAAAUGGAUGGUUUGAACAUAGAUGCCCUCUGGCUUAUCUGGGUUGCACAUUCAGCCAGAGGCAGCUGCGGCCUUUUACACACAAAGCCGUGGUCUCAUAUGAUAAAGAUCUCAACACAUUCACCCUUAGACCCGAGGUGCCAUCCGUUCUCUAUGAAGGUGUGACAACGGUGACUACAGAGAGGAAGCGAGCACGAAACCAAGAUGCUCUGAGCAAGUUGCCUUUUGAGGUUCUCAUUCACAUUGCUGGGUUCCUGGACAGCUUUACAUUGUCUCAGUUGGCUCUCGUAUCCCGGUUAAUGAGAGAGGUGUGUGGAAUUUUGUUGCAAGAAAGAGGCAUGGUCUCGCUCAAAUGGGAGAAGAAAAUCUUCUCACAUGGUAGACAGUGCUGGAGAACUAGACAUACGGUUUGGGAAUUCAGCAACUUGUUUUCGCCUGUGGAUCAAUGGUGCUUGGACAAGUUCCCAUCGAUGUCUGAGCACCUUAAGGUCUGCCCCUAUUAUGAGAAGGAGAACAGAGCAGAACCUAUACCCUUAACCGGUGUCUUUGACUGUGAAGAAGACGAAAAUGCUUUGAGUCUUGUCUCUUUGUUUAUUAAGAACAAAUGACAUUUAUAUUUCUAGUGAGAAAAAAUAAUUCACAACAGGAUAGUUUGAUGAAGCUUACAUUAUAUAUUACUUAUAGUGUUAUAUAACCUUAAAGCGCUUAUAGCCAUAUAGUAUAGUUUUGUAAAAGCUAGUACAGCUUGUUACACAGAAAAUGCAAUAUCAAAUGUCUGAAAGAGUGUCACAUGAGUGAAAACCUAAAAUUGCAAUUUACCUUUGACUGUUAUAUAGAUGGAGAUUCCUUUCGUUAAUGCUAAAAGUCUCCAUAUCUAAACUUUCACAAUAUUACUAAUAUUUUUAUUUGUUAAAUUGCCACACUUUCUUUUUAUAAAUCUGCAUAUGAUUACGCUAGUAAUUUAGCCUAUACUUUAAAAAACAAGAAUGAGCACAUUGAUAUAAACCUGAAGCUUGCCCUGCCGUUGGCAUUAUUUGUUGAGCUGUCAUAAUUCAACACCACUGUAGUAUAAGUAGUGCAUAACCAGUAUUUAUAUACCCAUGCAAUAAAACUUCCAUUAUCAUGUUUUUUGGUCCUGAUUAACCCCCUAAACUUCAAUAAACAUUCACUAUUAUAAAGUUA